AGAUUUUUCCAAUUUUCAUUGAUUUCACAUCAUUGUUUGUAUUGUAAUCUAUUCAUCUUACUCACAUUUAUAACUAAUAAACCUUUUCUUCAUAUUUGAUAGUCGUUUUGUCACUUUUCAUCAAUUUUACGACUUCAUGGAAAUGUGAUGUUUCUAAUACAAACAUUCCAUCCCACCAAAUUACAAACAGGCAUCUAACUUGACUUUGAAUUUCAAUUUUUCGAAGAUAAUUACACUUUCUUGAACACAAGCACAUUUUUUUUACAACGUAACAACACAGAAACAAGUGACUUCAUUUCCUCUCUCUGAACUGACCGUUAAAGUUUUCAACUGUGCACUUAACCAACAGGAAAUAUUCAAUUUUGUCAGCAACAACAAAAGUCCUUUCAUUUGAUGAAAUAAAUGACUACUUUAACAUUACAUGUCAUAUUCCAUACCAUCAUGUGUCAGCUGUGUGAGAUUAAAUGCCAUUUACAAUACAUCCAUCGUUUCUGGGCAAAAUCUUCAAAUAUAGUUAAUCGGGACUGGUGCCAAUAUGCCUACUCUGACAAUAAAAAGAUUUUAAUUAGGAGGCACAACAGUGAGCACAGCAAAUUUGUAGGAAUUUCCUUAUUCAUUGUAUAUAUAUAUAUCUUGAUUUGAUCAAACUCAUCAGAAAGUAACCCAAAUUACACACGACAUUGCAUGGAGAUGUGUAAAUCUGAUUACAUCAUUUGCAAUCAAUUCAGUAUCUCUUAAAUUCCAUUAGUAAUAAUUUAGUGUAAAUAAGCUAGUAAAAGUAGGUACAGAUUUUUCACUUCGUUACAUUCAGUUACUGGUUUUCAGUCAUGCCUCUUGGACAGAUCACCCAUUGCACUAUCAUUUGAAAUAGACUACUUAAUUUUUCAGAUGAAAAUGUUACAUACUAACUAAGUGACCAAGCAUUUAGAAUGACAGAAUACUAUCGUUUUUCAAACACAUGUUCUGAAUACUUAACACAAUUAAUACCAAUUCUCAUAAUCAUCAUAUAAUUACAUUAAUAUUACUGUUAAAAAAAACAUACUUUAAAGAAUAGACACUAGAAACAAGAAUUCUAAUAAGAGAAACAUGCUUUGGCAAAAUGGCUUAAUGCUUCCAACAUACAGCUUGUGCUUCAUACAUACGAUUCAGAUCGAAAAUAUACUGUUCAAUGCACUUACCUUUGCAAUAAGUAUCCAUGUUUCAUGUAUUCAUAUGUUUCAAAGAAGAAUGAAACUUUAAGAUGCACUUUUUAUUUUAACCAAAACAGGCACCAUCUUCCACUACAGGAUGCAAAUUCAUCUAUCUGUACACUUUGUAAGUUGAGUGAUCACAAUGGCACUGCUUUAAAGAAUUAAUUCAUUUAUUGGCCUAUCCUGAAAGAUAUGUUGAGGGUUACUCUUCAUCUCAUUAGAUAUAGUGGCAACAGUCAUACUUUGUCAGUAAUUGGCAACAGUUGUAUUUUCACAGUGAAUGGCAACAGUUUACUGAUUCAAGCUCUUUCCUGUUAUGUGUUUUGCUUCUGUUUUAUGUCAUGUAACGUGAUUUAGUAUAGAAAUAAAAUGUAUAAAAAUAAUAUUUAUGUUUCAUAUUUUCUAUUUAGGUUAAUAAAUCUGUUUCAAUAAGACAUAACCAUCUUUAAAAUUACUUAUGGUUAGAUGAUUUAAAUAUGCAUGCACAUAGUUUCUUCUACUUUCUGUUGUGUUAUGAAAGUGUACAUGAAUGGCAAGUAUUAUAAUAAGCAUUUUCUGUAAAGCUUAGUUUCCUUCCUUUUCUUGUUCUUGAAAUAUGAAUACCUUCUUGGCCUUGGAGGAAGGGAUAGGAAAUGGAGAACUACUGAGUUUAAAUUUUAAUGCUAUCUACUGUACUUAAUAAAAACGAAUUUUAAAGUUAUGUAAAAUUCCGUUCAGUGAUUUAACUAACAUAUACAAAAUAUCAAAUUAGUAUCAACCAGUUAUAGAAAACAUCUGAUAAUGUUAGUUAUGUUUUUCUGAUACUGUCCAGUAAUGUGAUUAUAAAUUACUGGGUUUUGAAAUGGCCAAUAUGUUCGGGUGCCAGUGAGGACUAAGUGUAAUAUAUAUAUAUACACACACAUACAUGCAUUUUUAAUUCUUAUUGGAGGUAAGUAUAUCUGCAUUCAAGAGUAUAUUUCUAAUUUCAAUCGUAUACAUAUGUAGUAUCAGUAGUUCCUCACCUAUAUAUGUACUCUAGAGUAUGAGUACACAUAUAGAGUGAAACUAUGUACCACAGCUUUGUAUGAUAAAACAUUUUGCCAGUUGAAGGAGAAGCAAUAUCAAGUAUAGUAGAAUUUAUCUACAUGUUUUUCUUUUCUUUUCAUGUUUCUUUCAUCUACUUAGCAGAAAUAUUGUUUAUUAAUAUUCAGAAGAUGCUUGAAUAACAAUAAUAUUCUCUUAUUACAAAUACUUGGUCAUUAAACGGUUCUACUCAAUGUUUUAGUAUUUGAUAUGACUUAAGUCAGUGGUGUACGACAAGCUAACUAGUUAAUAUAAAGGAAAAAUAAAUUAAAAAUAUGAAUUGAUAUUUCCACACAGGGUGCCUAACAGAGAUUGAGAGCUACAAUUCUAUUGGACCAUUCAUUUCAAAGUCUUGCGCUCAUUGGUUAAAUAUGGUAGAUACAGAGUUAAUAAAACGGGGGUCUCUAGAGCGUCAUUUUUGUAUUAAUCUUGCAAUCAUAUCAUCAUGUCUGGUCGUGGUAAAGGUGGCAAAGUUAAGGGAAAGAGCAAGACUCGAUCCAGUCGUGCUGGUCUUCAAUUUCCUGUUGGUCGUAUUCAUCGUCUUUUGCGAAAAGGAAAUUAUGCUGAAAGAGUAGGUGCCGGCGCUCCCGUCUAUCUUGCUGCAGUUUUAGAAUACUUGGCUGCUGAGGUUCUGGAGUUGGCUGGUAAUGCAGCUCGAGAUAACAAGAAGACCAGAAUCAUUCCUAGACAUCUUCAGCUGGCUAUAAGAAACGACGAGGAAUUAAAUAAACUGCUCUCUGGUGUCACUAUUGCACAGGGUGGAGUGCUUCCCAAUAUCCAGGCUGUACUACUCCCAAAAAAGACAGAAAAGAAAGCAUAACUUAUCCUUGACAUUGCCACCCACCCUCAAAAAAAGGCCCUUUUAAGGGCCAAAAAAUAUACCAAAAAGAAAAUGCUUAAUUGCUUGAAUUAGAAAGAGGCGACACAUGUACAAUUGUGUAUUUUUCUGUUUCUUUAUCAUAUGUUCUAUAAGAUCUAAUUUUAAUACAAUGUUGAGAGUAACAGACAUUUGCAUCCAUUAUGAUGCAAAUAUUUAAGGAGGAACUUAAAGGAAUUAAAAUUAAAUGUCUCCCAAAAAUUCAUAUUUUAAUCGUAUAUAAACAAUGUUUUAAAACACA